AUAUGAUUAAUAUUACAGAAUGAAAAUUAGAAAGAGCGGUAAAGCCACGAAGGCGAAACAUCAAGAUUCUCCGGUUUUCAAGCUGAACAAGGGAGGAGUGAGCAAGAAGAAGAAUAAAAAAGACAAGAAUGGGGCUCCGCAAGGACGAAUCGUAAAGACCGGAGCUGUUUCCAAACUGAGGAAGGACGGAUCCAGGAAGGUUUUGCAAUCUCUGGAUAAGGUGAUAAACACUCCGACCGGGACGAAAUCUCUGAUAUACUCUGAUGACUCUGACACCGAGACCAAGAAGAAGAUGUGCCAGAAAUCGAAGAAGAUGAAGAUGAAGAAGGUGAAAAAGGAAAGUGAUAAACCUCAAGAGAAGGACAUUACUGAACCAGAGAAUGGAUCUGAGAACCUGGAUUUGAACGGUCCGGGGGGUCUUCUGAGGAAAGGGUUGAAAUUCAAGUCACAGGAUUCAUUUUUAAGGUUUAUAAACAUGCCGGUGAAAGGUGCAAAAGGAAAGAAAAGAAAGGUUGAAGAGACAAAUCUCCGGGAUACCGCUGACCUUGAAGGAGUGGAGAAUCCUGCUUUUGAGAAUUCAGUCCUGGAAGAUGAUGAUUCUCUGAAAACACCAAACAGGAAGAAGAAGAGAAGAUCUGAGGAGAAUAAUUCAAAUUGUGUUGAUGGAGUCCAUCCGAGGUUUGAUAAGAACAAGCUAAAGGAGAUAUUGUCGGCUGCUGACCCCCAACUGAAUGGGAAAAAGAAUAAUAAAAAGAGUUUUACUGAGAAAGCUCUGGAUAAAUUAACAUCUUCUAGGUUUAGGUAUUUGAAUGAGCAGCUGUACACGCAAACUAGUUCUCAGAGUGCCAAAAUGUUUCGUGAAGAUGAAUCUCUAUUCUCAGCAUACCACCAGGGUUUCCAACAGCAGGCCAACCAGUGGCCCUCUGAUCCUCUGGAUAAGAUUAUCUCCGCCUGUCUCCACCUCCCUGACUCAGCUGUGGUGGUGGAUAUGGGCUGCGGAGAAGCUAGGCUCUCAAGGUCUAUCAAUAAUACAGUUCACAGCUUUGAUUUAGUCUCCUUGGCACCUGGGGUGGUUCAGUGUGACAUGAGCAAGGUCCCCCUGAAGAACGAAAGCGCGGACGUGGUUGUGUUCUGCUUGUCCCUGAUGGGGACCAACAUCAAGGACUUUCUCCAGGAGGCCGCCAGGAUACUCAAGUAUCAGGGUAUCCUUAAGAUAGCGGAGCUAGAGAGCAGGUUCCAGGGAGAGGAGGAGAACUUUAUCAAGGAGGUUGAGAAAUUCGGAUUCAAGUCAACCUGGACAAAUCUAAAAAAUAAAUAUUUUUAUUUUUUUGAUUUUAAGAAAGUGUCCGAAUCCAAAUCUAAGAAGAAAUUGCCAAAUAUUGAACUGAAACCCUGCCUCUACAAGAAAAGAUAAUGCUUUACGCAUUCCUUAAAAUUCGGAACUAAAUUUGUUUAAUGUUAGUUAAAUUUUUUUCAAUAGAAGAAUUAUUUUCAAUGUU